AUGAGUUAUGAAUGGUUGGAUGCCCUCCAAUGGAGAGGCAAUAAAAGUGUGGAGUUUGGAAGGGAAGAAGAAAAGAGAACAAAUUGCUAUGAACUCAUAAAUGACAAAAUUUUCGUAUACAGAUGUAACACAUGUCUGCUGGUAUUCACCUGUGUGCACUCCUUUUCAAAUCAUGUCUUAAAUGAGAACCACCAAAUAAAGCAACUGAACUCUCUGAAGAAGGGAAAGUAUUUUAACUGCCUGAGGUGUAAGUACGUCUGUCUAAGCAUCGCCAAAAUUAUAAGUCACAUAGAAUUGUACAACCACUGUCACAACAUUCUGAGGAAAAUAAAAAGAAACAUGGUCUACAAUGGAAUUGCUUCCUGUUCAUGCAAAGUAAAAUGUUACACGUUUUAUUCACAGAAUAAGAAUUGCCUCACUACUGGGGAUCCUAUCCUGGCCGAGUAUGAAGGGGUCCCUAAUUUUCAACCGAUCGAUGAAGGGGGCAUGUGCCCUUAUCAGGGUGAUUCUUUUCAGGAUGGAGAUAUAAACUUCUUUCCUAAGACGGGGGUGAUACCUUCUAAGGAGCGUAACUUACUUUUGAUGAGCCCCUCUAACGAUCUCAUCCCACGUUUUUCUUCUACCGACAUCUGGAGGGAUCAUUCAGGGGAAAAAUCCCUGAGGAGGAAAACGUUGGGAUUUAUUCUGAGCACCACGGGUGGGGCAGAAUCUAAGGUACCCCCCAACGUAACAGAUGCGGUGCACCACUCCCCUGCAGACAUGAACAUCGCCCCCAUGCCCUGCAACCAAGUGGGAGAGCAAAAUGAGCUGAACCCAAUCUGCACGGACAUAAACAAAAUAAAUGACUUCAACGCAGUUCUUCUAAAUCUGGAAAAGCAGGAAAAGCAAAAAAAACAGAGCGUGAAGAAGGAAGAAAACAGCUGCAGCACGGAUGCCACCAGAAACUUACUCCUGCACAUUUACGAGAACAAUUACCACUUUAACAGGAUGAGCGGGAAGGAUUCCUUCCACCAUGACAACGAUCAUAAUGAGAAAAGGUGUGAUAUUCUGCAGGAAACUGAAGGACUGUUGUUUUCCUCCCCCUCUGGCUUAAAUAAUGGUAGAACCUUUGUUGAGAAAAAUUAUGACCCCUUCAGGACCUACGCCUACAACCACUCCGAACAGGGCAGCUUCAGCUUAUUCCCCAAGGAGGAGAAUGCCAUUAUGGGGACACGCACAGGGGGGCAUCCCCAAAGUGGGGUUAACAAUCCGGACAGGAAAGACACAAUCGGGACGAGUAAACCCUACAACGCUUUGCAUGAAGCAGGCCCCCCCUACGUGAGCAAUGGUGGAAGCACGAAAAACAACACUACACAAAAUGGACCACCCAAUUAUGACCCGAUUUUUAAGGACCACCACAUAUUGGAUCAAUUUCUCAGUACACAAAUGGCCAAUAAAAUUGACCUAAAUAUGGAAGGCGAAAUGGAAGAAGUAAAGAGUUCUUUUCUGCGAUCCAUCCAGAACAGCGCAAAAAAGCUAGCUGCGUUGGACACACUGUAUCUGUAUGAGCAGCAGGAGGGAGCAUCCCAUCUUUGCAGUGACCAACCUACUAUGUAUAGAAGCAUGAAAGAGACACAAACAAGUGUUGAAGACCAGAUCGACACUCACCCGAAUGGUACACCUAGCGGAAUGCAUUCUCUGGAUGAACAACAAAUGGGUAGUUCCAUCAACGGGGACAAAAUCUCCCCCUCAGAAGAAGAUUUAAAAAAAUAUUUUUGCAAAAAUUUCCUUCCGCAUAUAUUUGAUUAUCAGCCGAGAAGCAUGGUUCCCACAAAGGGGGGGGUCGAAAGGACUGACUCUGAAAAACCCUCCAAUGGGAAAGUAGACAAAAUGAUGGAAGAUACACUCUGGGAUGCUCGUCAUGACAUGAGCAUGGUGAAUGGCAACAUUAUUCAUAAUAUGGCUGAGCGGAAGACACAAAAUAGAGAACCCUUCACCGAAAUGGAGUACCCUCCCAGGGGGGGAGCAACUGAUGCAGCUCCGUAUCUUACUCAAAGGAUCGAUGAGAAUGGUCCGUUUUUGUCCUCUACAUACUGGCAAUCUCAAAUGGAUGAACUGAACAGGGUACCUUACAAGCACAUGGAUGGAAAGGGUAGGAAGGAGGAUGCCGGGGGGGAAGUCGAACCAACCAACCAGCUGAGUUACAUGAAGCACACGAUCAGGGGAGGUGAACAGAGUGGAGAUCCCCACGCUGCAAGUCCUUUUUCCUUAACAGAUAGUUCAUUAACAUAUAUUAAUAAGAAAAAAAAUGAAAAUGUCACCGAGGAAAGAGAAAAAAAGAACCAACUGGAUUUACUAACCUUGUAUCGUUUGCAGGGAGGGAGAUCCCCUUAUCCCAAUGGUGAUGGCAAAAUGGAAGGCACCCAUGCAGACGUGCAAAACAGGGAAGGUAAUAAAUUUCACCCCGAACUGAAUAAAAACUCCCUCCCCUUUAAUCAGCCAUAUGAAGAUCUCCUUCAAUAUGGAAAGUGCCUCAGGGGGUGGGCAGCAGAAGAAGAAAAUGGAAAAGAAGACAACCCCCUCAAUAGGCAUGACGGGCCCCUCAAUUUUACUGCCACUAGGGGGGAAACGCACAGGGGGGUUGUAAAUACAAACGCGCAAAAUGACUCACCACGACAGGCAGUAGUAACAAAGCAGAUGAACCAGUUGUGUGCCCCUUCUUCCAGCGGGUCUAACUUCAACAUGAGACGUUUAAGCCUGCCAAGCAGACACACCUCAGUGAGCAACCCAACUAAAAACGCACCUUCCCGCACGAAGGAGGAUAUUCUGAAUAGCAUUUUCGAAGAUCCCUCCGAUGAGAGAAAGAACUCCAGGACGCCCAGCGAGACUGCCGCUUUGAAUCAAAAAAGACAAUCCUUUAUCGACGAAAUUGGGGAAAUUAAAAAAUCGAUCGAAAAGGAAAACAAAAAUAAUAGACAGGUGAAUAUGACACACAUAAGUCCUCCUUAUGCACAGAGAAUGGCACCUGCCAUCCCUUUUCAUGGAGAGAGGAGCAAUUUUCCUAAAAACGGGGAGCCGAAGAAGCAGAGUUUUUUCCUUGGUAGUCGCAACAACGAUGAUAAAGGUGCCUACCCGGAUUUUAAAUCCAUUCGGAUUAAUGACUCCCAGGGGGAGGGCGCCCAUUCAGGGAUCCCCGCUCAGAGUGGCCACUUCCACAACGGGUACUUCCAGAGCGGCCACUUAGACAACCACUUGGAGAACCACCUGGAGAACCACUUGGAUAGCCGCCGAGACCACUUCAGUCGUGCCCACCAGGAAAGGAAGAAAUCCACGGAUGGGGAAAAUGGCCAACCUUUUAGCUCGAAUCUGUCCAAAUGGCAGAGCAGAAGGUAA